AACCAAAUGCACUAUUUAAGGACGAAAGUAGAAAUAAUUUGCAAGAACAAGACCACGUCGAUGAUGAACGUGAGCGGAAACGACAAUCCACGAAAGCGAUAGAUAAUUCUGAAGAAGAUUCAAGAAUUCAAAACGAUUCUAUAUCGCAUAAUUAUGACGAUCCUCUUAAUACUCCACUAUUUUUAAGAAAUAUAGAGGAACUUGGUAAUUGGCGAAAACCUAAAGUUAAACUUAGAAAAUAUAAUAAUGAUACAACUUAUUGGUAUUCAGAGCCUAUUCGGUCUGGUUCGGAUGACAAUCGCGUUCUUGAAAUUCAACGUCAAAAAUUCGAUAUUUGGAUAAGUAAUUCAACUUAUAGUUUUAAUCAUGUCGCUGAUUAUAUAUUCUUAGAUGUGAUUUAUGAAUCC